AAUCACCAUCGAAAGCUCAAAAUAGUGAAGAAACUUGUCCUUUGUGGGCUCCUCGCUGUGUCUGAGUCUGAUUCUCUGAAUUUGCUUUAAGGCUUUUCUAUAAAUAAAAUUAUAUAAUAUAUAAUGAAGGUGCCCUUUUGCUUUCUCUUAUCUCUAGGCAAUAGGCAUACAGUUGCAUUUGGAGUCUUCAAUUCACUCCAAAGCCAUUGUUCCCCGUUCCAUCCCCUCACUCCCCAAAACCUUGGCCGCUGGAACUUGGAAUAUGAGGCGAGUCUGCAAAUUGAUUCAAGCUCGUGCGCUGUGUGUGUGGCUUUUCCUCUCACUGGCACUGAAUCCAGAGCCAUUGUUAUCAGAUGCUUCAAGUGACUGUGAUUUUCCGGCCAUAUUCAACUUUGGAGAUUCCAAUUCUGACACCGGUGGCCUCUCUGCUGCCUUCGGCCAAGCCGGCCCUCCUCACGGCGAGUCCUUCUUCCGCCGCCCUGCCGGACGCUACUGCGACGGCCGUCUCGUCAUUGAUUUCAUAGCUGAGAAGCUUGGUCUACCAUAUUUGAAUGCUUUCCUUGAUUCGGUUGGCUCCAAUUUUACGCAUGGAGCCAACUUCGCCACAGCCGGAUCCACCAUCAGGCCUCAGAAUACAACCCUUCAUCAGGUUGGUGGGUUCAGUCCUUUCUCUUUGGACGUUCAGUUCAAUCAAUUCAGUGAUUUCCAGCGCAGAUCUCAAACUUAUCGCAAUGAAGGAGGAGUAUAUACAGCAUUGCUACCAAAAGCACAAGACUUUUCUCGUGCAUUGUACACUUUCGAUAUUGGGCAGAACGACUUGACGGCAGGUUAUUUCCACAACAUGUCCACAGAUCAAGUCAAAGCAUAUGUUCCUGAUGUUUUAGCACAGUUCAACAACAUUGUUAAGUAUGUAUAUGAUCAUGGAGGAAGGUCGUUCUGGAUACACAAUACAGGUCCAGUUGGUUGUUUGCCAUACAUAAUGGACCUUCAUCCAGUGAAAACAAGUCAGGUGGAUAAAGCGGGAUGCGUCAUCCCUUACAACGAAGUUGCUCGAUACUUUAAUCGUCAAUUAAAAGCAGCUGUGCUUCAUCUCAGAAAGAAACUUCCCUUGGCUGCAAUUACCUAUGUUGAUGUCUACUCUGUCAAGUACUCUAUCAGUCAAGCAAAGAAGCAUGGCUUUAUGGAGCCCCUGAGAGCUUGCUGUGGGCAUGGUGGGAAGUACAACUACAAUAUACACAUUGGAUGUGGAGGAAAGAUCAAGGUUCGUGGCAAAGAGGUGUUAGCGGGGCAGCCUUGCAUGGAUCCAUCGGUUUGGGUUAAUUGGGAUGGUGUGCACUACACUCAGGCUGCUAAUAAGUGGGCAUUUGAACAAAUUGUGGAUGGAUCACACUCUGAUCCUCCUAUUCCAUUGAGUAAGGCAUGUCACAGGCACCACAGUUGAAGAGGUAUAACUUUCAAGAAUCAAUAAAGUAUCUGAAUGCAUUUACAAGGUUUUCCCACAAAAUUCUUCCCGGUGUGUGAAUCUGAACUGAACGUAAGUUCAUUCUAAAAUAGAACCGCAAGAGCGGAUCGUUUUAUUAUUCAA